AUGCCCAUUCCAACCCGUUCGGCCUCCUUACGAGAGCCCCGUCAGACCUCCCACAUCGCUCGUCUCGCGCCCGGAGCCAAGGCACCCGCCCGUCCCACAGCUACCGAGACCACGAAAGAUACCGUUAUCUCCAAUCGGGCUCGAACGCUUCUGCCUCAGCGCAGUAACCCCCUGCGCGACGAUGGCGCGACCAGCCGACUCCCACCGCCUGAGAGACGGCCUCGAGAGACAUCACCCAAGAGACCGAUAAGCGAAAAGCAAAGUUCUACCCCGACGGCGACACCCCUGAGCGCCACGGCUUCUGCUCGUCGCCAGAGUCUCAUACGCCCUGUUACUUUGAAAACAUCUACUCGCAAUGUCUCAGUCCCAUCAAAGACCACGACGCCUACCUUUACGCCGCCAUCCCCAAGGAAACCGUCGAUGCGCUCGCCGACGCAAUCCUCCACCCCCAGACCCCCUUCUCCAAAGAAGGCAGAGAUGCCACCGCCCCCUCGUCCGGCUCGAUCCUCUUCGCUGAGACAACCAGUGAGAAUCGAUCCAACGGCGACUGCGAGAGGCCAUGCGCGGCACCGCAGUCAGAUUAUCCCCCCAAACACAAAGCCAAUCCAACCAGAUGCGGCUCCGAAACCCCGUUCAGGCUUUUCCACCUAUCAACAGCAAUAUUCGCCGAAGAAGCCGAUGAAGCCUCCCACCCCUACUCCAGGAGAGACACCUGCGUCGAGUGGUCUCAUUCCGACGACCUGGCCAGACAUUGCCGCUUUACAGACGGAGUUGCUUCAGUUAAGCCUCUUCCAUUCAGGCGCCCUGGAAAGACAUGCCGAAUGGAAAGCCGAAUCGGAAUCACAAUUAAGGAUGAAGUAUGAUGCCGUCGCGGGCCAAUACCGGUCUACACAAAAAGACGAGAAGAUGCGCCAAUACAAGCUCAACGUACAAGCGCUGGAAUCCUGGUUACAAAACUGUCGCGACCACAAUGGACAGCAAGGAUUUCCAGAACAAAUUCAGAUCCUGUCUCAGGUUUUGCAGGAAAUAUCGGAUUUGACCGGCACCGCAACCGGACGUUAUGCUCGUGUUGUCGCCACGUUUGAAGACUGGUUUGACCGUGCAGAGGACAUCCGGGGCCGUCGCGAGACCUCUAGAGUUCUCGAUGGGAUCGAUUUCAUCGACCCGUUGGACCGAACUUGGAAGGAAGAAGUACAAGGCUUGCAGGCCAAGCUAGAGCUAUGCGCGCGGCAGCUUCAGACAUUGGAUAUCUUGGGCUUUGGGGAGGUUGAGCGCCUGGAGCAGUCGGCUCUCACCCGAAUCGCUCAGGGUAUCGUGGAAUACAUCCAACUCCUGAUGCAGGAAAUCCGCGCCAUGCGCACGGUUGAAACCGAGAUGAUCCAUUCUGAACAGGAGACCGUGGGUCGGUUUGCGACACAACUGACCUCGAUUCCAACGGGCGAUACAAGGACACGGGUUGGAGUCUGGAAAGCUUAG